UCAUCGAGCAUAGUGUACAAGAUUCAUAGAUAGGUUCAAAAGCUGUUAGUGCUUCCAGAGUUUAAAUAAAAACAAAAUAAAUUCUUAAUACAAACAUGAAAUUUAGUUAAAUUUUUUAAAAAUGAUUGCAGACAACAUUUUUUGUAUGAUUAUUAUUGAUUAUAUCCAUUUUUCACUCAAUGUUUGUGAAUGUGUAUGUUUCUAGACAGAAUCUAGAAGGCAUACUUUGCAAUUCAAAGGUACAUAACCUCAAAAAUAUAUUUACCUUUUUCAUUCAUGCUCAAGUAUUUUCAAUUUCUAAUAUCUUGCAACGUUUUAUCAAGAGUAUUUUGUAGUUUUUAAAAAGGUUUCACAAUUAUAUCAGUGGUAAAUAUGAUAGCUUCAACAUGUUGCUUCAAAAGUUUGUAUCCACUUAUCAGACCAAAGAACAUGACACCAAUAUCUUCAUUAUUUGUUCAAAAGUUUUGUUUUUCUGAUGAAAAUACACCAGCAAAAAAAGGAUUUGCUGAAGCAUUUGAAAGACAUUCAAAGCCCAUAACUGAAGAAGAACCUAAGCCAGACCUUUCCUUUGCUACGUUAUUUAAGAACUCUAAGCUAAUUGAUUUGGGUGACCCUCAAGGCAAAACAGUUGUCGGAAAAAUAUUUCAUGUCGUUGGAGAUGAUCUGUACAUUGAUUUUGGAUGGAAGUUCCAUUGUGUCUGUACAAGGCCAAACAAAAAUGGAAGUGAUUACGUUCGUGGAGCAAAAGUUAGAAUUAUGAUUAAAGAUUUGGAAUUAUCAACAAGGUUUCUUGGUUCCGAAAAAGAUCUAACCAUACUCGAAGCUGAUGCUACACUUCUUGGACUAAUUUCAUCGCCUGCAAGAUCAACUCAACAAUUUGAUUCUCAAACAAGUCGUGCUUCAUAGUAAUUUAUUCAUUUACAUCCAUUAAAUAGAAGUAAAUUGAAUGUUAUAAUAGUGAUUUUGUAAAAAAAAUUGUAGAGAUUAAUAAACUGUUUUAUUUGUACCUA